AUGGUGUUCAAGUGCUCUCUGUUUCUUCUGAUCUUCUGCUUUCUGGGUUCUACUUUCGGAGUUCAUCAUGCUCGCACCCAUCUUCAGAAUCUAAAUCCAAAUGCUUCUUCACUUCUCGCCGGAAUCGAAAUACCUAAUCAUUCAAGCUUUAAUGGAAUCUCGGAUUCUUCUUCUUCUUCUUCAGAUUGCGGCUUCUCCUCACCGGAGAAAACAGAAACAUCAGACGGAAGAGAAACAGGUAGGAAUGAAUUUGAAUCGGUCAAACUCCACCUGAAACACCGAUCACCGGGUCAAACUUCCAUGCCCGCUAAAGAAUCAUUAUUCCAUUCGGCCGCAAGUGAUGUCAACAGGAUCCAAACGCUUCACAAAAGGAUCCUAGAGAAGAAGAUUCGCAACACCGUUAUGAAUCCGAAGAAGCACGAUGAAAGUUCUGCCGUAAAGCUGAAGCUUGCAGUAGAAGAAGCGCCGGCGGUGGUGGAGAGUUACGCCGGAAAGCUUAUGGGUACUCUGAAAUCAGGGGUAACACUCGGUUCUGGAGAGUAUUUCAUGGAUGUUUUUCUGGGUACGCCUCCUAAACACUACUCCCUUAUACUCGAUACUGGUAGCGAUUUGAAUUGGAUCCAAUGUACACCCUGCCACGAUUGCUUCGAACAAACAGGACCCCAUUACGAUCCCCAACAAUCAUCAUCUUACCGGAAUAUCAGUUGCCAUGAUCGCCGGUGCAGCCUUGUUUCAUCCCCGGAACCUUCCAGACCUUGCAAAGCUGAAGAUGAAUCUCAAUCAUGCCCUUAUUUUUACUGGUACGGCGACAGUUCCAACACCACCGGCGAUUUCGCCACAGAGACUUUCACAGUGAACUUGACCACCAAUGUCGAUGGGCAUAAACAACAGCACAAGGAGGUCCAGGUAAAUAAUGUCAUGUUCGGCUGCGGCCAUUGGAACCGAGGUCUAUUUCAUGGUGCUGCUGGAUUGCUAGGGCUCGGACGAGGCCCACUAUCCUUCGCCUCUCAACUCCAAUCUUUAUACGGCCAUUCCUUUUCCUAUUGUCUUGUUGAUCGAGACAGCAACUCCAGCGUCAGCAGCAAGUUGAUUUUCGGAGAAGACAAGGGUCUUUUGAAUCACCCGGAAUUAAAUUUCACUUCAUUGAUCGGCGGCAAAGAAGCUCCGGUCGACGUUUUCUACUACGUUCACAUCAAAUCCGUGAUCGUCGCCGGAGAAACCCUGGAUAUACCUGAACACACAUGGGAUUUAACGGCAGAUGGAUUUGGGGGAACCAUCAUCGAUUCCGGAACUACUCUUAGUUACUUUGCUGAUCCUGCUUACAACAUCAUCAAGAAAGCAUUCAUGGAGAAAGUUAAAGGCUACCCUUUGGUUAACGAUUUCCCAAUCCUUGAACCCUGUUAUAACGUUUCUGGGAUUGCGGAUUAUAAAAAAGAUUUGCCAUCUUUUGGGAUCCUGUUCAACGAUGGCGCAGUGUGGAAUUUCCCUGUUGACAAUUAUUUCAUCAAACUUGAACCCGAAGAGAUUGUGUGCUUGGCAGUUUUGGGGACACCACGAUCUUCUUUAUCGAUUAUUGGCAAUUAUCAGCAGCAGAACUUUCAUAUCAUGUAUGAUACGAAGAAAUCUAGGCUCGGAUUUGCUCCAACAAGGUGUGCAGAUGUUUAA